CGCACGCAGACCGGGGCGCGCGCGUAAGAGAGCCUGGCCCUCACGCGCGGUGGGAGGCUGUUCGGCGCGGAGGUGCGAGACCUGGCGAGGCGAUCGUCCAUUUGGGGCCUACUUCUGAAAUCUUGAAGAAGCCCCAUAUCAGGAAGAUCAAACAGCAGUCACUGUCAUUUAGAGAAUGGACCGUUUGGGUUCCUUUAGCAAUGAUCCAUCUGAUAAGCCCCCUUGCAGAGGCUGCUCCUCCUACCUCAUGGAACCUUACAUUAAGUGUGCUGAAUGUGGACCUCCUCCUUUCUUCUUGUGCUUGCAGUGUUUCACUCGAGGAUUUGAGUACAAGAAACAUCAGAGCGAUCAUACUUACGAAGUCAUGACCUCAGACUUUCCUGUUCUUGAUCCCAGCUGGACUGCUCAAGAAGAAAUGGCCCUUUUAGAAGCUGUAAUGGACUGUGGCUUUGGAAAUUGGCAGGAUGUAGCUAAUCAGAUGUGCACCAAAACCAAGGAGGAAUGUGAGAAGCACUACAUGAAGCAUUUCAUCAAUAACCCUCUGUUUGCAUCCACCCUGCUAAACCUGAAGCAAGCUGAGGCAGCCAGAACUGCUGACACAGCCAUCCCGUUUCACUCUGCAGAUGACCCUCCCCGGCCUGCCUUUGACUCUUUGCUGUCUCGGGACAUGGCAGGAUACAUGCCAGCUCGGGCAGAUUUCAUUGAGGAAUUUGACAAUUAUGCAGAAUGGGACUUAAGAGACAUUGAUUUUGUUGAAGACGACUCAGACAUCUUACAUGCUCUGAAGAUGGCUGUGGUGGAUAUCUAUCAUUCCAGGUUAAAAGAGAGGCAAAGACGAAAAAAGAUUAUAAGAGAUCAUGGAUUAGUCAAUCUUAGAAAGUUCCGAUUAAUGGAGCGGCGGUAUCCCAAGGAGGUCCAAGACCUUUAUGAAACAAUGAGGCGAUUUGCAAGGAUUGUGGGACCAGUGGAACAUGACAAGUUCAUUGAAAGCCAUGCAUUGGAAUUUGAACUCCGGAGGGAAAUCAAGAGACUCCAAGAAUAUAGGACAGCAGGCAUUACCAAUUUUUGUAGUGCCAGGACAUACGAUCACCUGAAGAAGACUAGAGAGGAGGAGCGCCUUAAACGCACUAUGCUCUCAGAAGUUCUCCAGUACAUCCAGGACAGCAGUGCAUGUCAGCAGUGGCUCCGCCGGCAGGCUGACAUUGAUUCUGGGCUGAGUCCUUCUGUUCUGAUGGCUUCAAACUCAGGAAGACGAUGUGCACCACCCUUGAACCUCACUGGCCUCCCUGGUACAGAGAAACUCAAUGAAAAAGAAAAGGAGCUCUGUCAGGUGGUGAGGCUGGUACCUGGAGCCUAUUUAGAGUAUAAGUCUGCUCUGUUGAAUGAGUGCAACAAGCAGGGAGGCUUGAGACUGGCACAGGCACGAGCACUCAUCAAGAUAGACGUGAACAAAACCCGGAAAAUCUAUGACUUCCUCAUCCGAGAAGGAUACAUCACUAAAGCCUGAGUCUCUGCUUGGCAAUGCAAACCAGAAGUUUGGAACGUGGCAGGUCAAAGGACAGUGUACACAUUCUGGAGACUUGUGUUUGAGUUGGAUUCUUAUUGUGAAAAGAAGGAAGACACAGGGACUCCAAGUGCGUCAAUUUCUUUCUUCUCUGCCCUGCUGUAAAGUGCUGUUGUGGGAUAGUGAUACAGAGUGUGUGCUUGCCAAGUUAUUAUUAAACACGAGUGGGCAUUCAUUCCUAGCACCCCUUGUAACUCAAACAAGAACCAUAGUACCUCACAUCCUGGCUUUGGUGAAAGUAGAACCAAGCCACAGCAUUUCAUCCCAGGGGUCCAGUGCGGAUCCUUGCACUUGAGAGCGGAGCUAGCUAACUCUGGCUUCCCAUCUUGCAGACAGAUUUUAAAUGAAGAGGAGGGUUUUUACAGCACAGGAAAGCCUUUUCUUUCAAGGAUUUUUUUUUUAAGCUGACAUCUUAGUUUAUGAGCUGAAGAGGUGGAAAAUCUCCCCCAUGAUGGUCUGUCUCAAGCUGCAUUUUUAACUUUAAUGUCUGGCUUUGUACUUUGCAGUCUGGCUGUCUGAUCUGCAGUAGACUCUUGAGGAGGUGGCACCGGAUAUAAAAUGUCUCUGUUAUUUUUAGAAUUAAUGGAUUAAAAUGUUUUGCUAUUUAA